AUGCGCGCCACUUGCUGUCUGCGGCCCGGAAGCAAGUGUUCAUCCUCUACCGUUCUUCUGUGGCUCCUGUAUGCCUGCGGUAGGGCUCAGGCCGAUGCUUUGGGUCUUGAGGGUGCUGAGCUUGGUCAGUAUGUUCUACAACAACAAGCUAUUGAGAGGGACCAGCGAGCUACCGAGAGAGAAGAGAAGCGGCUCCUAGCAGAGAGAGAAGAAAGAGCUGCUGAGAGAGACUUCCAACUUGCUAAGCUUCAAGCUGAGAAGGAGAUACAGCUCGCCCGCAGCACCGGUCAAGGAAAAGUGAGUACUUCUUCCUGUGAGAACGUCAGAGGACCGAAGUUGCCAACUUAUCAAGAGGGAGAUGAUAUAAGCAACUUCCUCGUGCGCUUUGAAAGGGUGGCUGAACUACUCCAGAUUGAUAAGGAUAGCUACGCUGCAAGACUUGGGUGUCUCCUCACGGGUAAGGCUACUGAACUGUAUACGUCGUUGUCUGCUGACAUAACUGAAGAUUACGCUCUUCUGAAGAAAGCUCUCCUCACUGGGUUCAGUAAGACCGCCGACAACUACCGUCUGGAGUUCCGCCAAGCCAGGAUUAGGGUUGGGGAAAAUUAUCAGCAGUUCUCUGUCCAUCUGACUCGACUGUUCCAGGCAUGGUCGGAGGCAUCUGAUGUCGCCCACACUUUUGAAGGUCUUAAAAAAUUCAUCCUGCUUGACCAGUUUUUGACUAAUCUUUCUCCAGAUUUGAGGGUUUUCAUCAAGGAGCGUCGGCCGACAGACCUUCCCGACGCAGUAAGGCUUGCCGACGACUGGUCAUCUGCCCGUCACGCCUACCCGAAAGCCUACUCUUCUAGUUCCCGAGGAACUUCUAAAGCUGCCUCUGGGGUAAGCCCUACAUCAUCUCAAGGUGACUCCAGCAAGUCCUCUGUCCAGUCCACCCCUAAGAAAAUUACGUGCCACCAGUGUGGAGAAGACGGCCAUAUUCGGCCGCGCUGCCCUAAGAAUCCCGCGCCUUCAAGGAUUGGGAAGCGGAGUGUCCCAAACUAUUCUGUCUCGGGCACCAUUAACGGAUCUUGGAGCUCGAACAUCAUCCGUGACACUGGCUGCUCGUGUGUGGUAGUCUCAGAAGAGGUGCUUCCAGACGUAGAUGUGGAGAGUUGUCCCAAGAUUUCCCUAGCUGACUACUUGGGAAGAGUAGACAAAUUCCCAGUUGUAAAGUGCUACGUGCGCUGCCCCUUCUACACUGGUUGGACUGAGGUGGUGAGAGCUCCUAUAAAGUUUGCUGGCGCUCUGAUAGGAAACAUCCCGGGAGUUAUGGAUCCCCAGGUCUCUAAUCCUUCUCCAGCUCCUCUUCCUGAUUCCAGCAGGGCAUCCUUGUCAUCAGAGCUGCAGCCGGAGGUUUCUACCAGUGCUUCGACUGUGUCUUCGGCUGACCAAGUACACGCUGUUACCACCCGUGCCGGAAGGAUGAAAAGACUGCAUCCUCUGGUACUUCCAGAACUUCAGCCUCUCUCCAUGACCCCUCAAGAGUUCAACCAACUGCAAGCCUCGUGUCCUUCCUUAACUGGGGUACGACAGAAAGCCUCUACGGGAGAAGUUGAGAAAGCCAGGAACGGGUCGUCCUUCCAGUACCUGUACGUCAAUGGGCUUCUCUACCGCAAGUGCCUCACUUCUCAGCUUCCAAAUAAGGUAGGCCAACAAUGCCUGGUUGUCCCAAGUGAGUGUCGCCAGAUCAUACUCUCAGUGGCCCACGAGAGUCCCUUGGCUGGACAUUUCUCUCACCGCAAGACUGAGUUGAAAAUUUAUGAACAUUUCUUUUGGCCAGGUAUGGGAGCGGAUAUCCGUGCCUACUGCCGCUCUUGUGACAAGUGCCAACGGAUGUCAUCAAAGGGCCGGGUGCGUCCUGUCCCUCUUCAGCCCCUACCUGUGAUCACCGAGCCUUUUUCCCGAGUCGCCAUUGACCUCGUUGGACCUCUUUCUCCUCCAUCUUCCGAGGGCCAUAGACACAUUCUUACCUUAAUAGAUUUUGCAACUGGGUUUCCAGAGGCCCUGCCACUUAAGGACAUAGACUCAGUAUCAGUAGCUGAAGCCUUACUAGUGAUAUUUGCACGUGUAGGAAUUCCUAGAGAAAUCCUCUCUGAUCGAGGAACUCAGUUUACCUCCAGUCUGUUAUCAGAGUUACAUAAGCUGCUUGGUGUUAAACCUAUUUUCACAACUCCUUUCCAUCCCAGUGGCAAUGGACGCAUAGAGGCUCCAUGGUCCUCUCAAGGACCUCUCACGGUGUUGAAGGAGUUGUGGGAUAAUCAGGACAUCCAGGGAGAAGAAAGAACCAGCUUCCAAUACGUCCUGGAACUUCGAAACAAGUUGUCAGAAUGUGCCCAGCUUGCUGCUCAAGCAGCUGAUGUAAGUACUGCCCGUUACAAGUCCUAUUUUGAUCUUAAAUCUCAGGACAGGAAGUUUAAUCCAGGUGACGAGGUACUAGUUCUUCUUCCCAGCCACACAAGCAAGUUAUUGGUAGCAUGGAAUGGUCCAUACAAGGUCCUUGAAAGACGUGGUAAUGUUGAUUACCUUAUAGACGAGCCUCGUGGGCCUAAACUAUACCACGCCAAUCUACUUAAAAGAUACCAUCGACGAGCAGUUGUUAACAGGCUCCAUGUUCUCGACGAGAUUCAAUCUCUCGAAACAAGCGAACCCCAGGACAGCACCGUUCCCGUCGUGGAGGAGAAAUUGCCUGACGCCAGCUCCACGGAACUGCCCAUUACGGCCGAUGAAUGGCUGGAUUCUUCACCACCAAGUAUGCCGGAGAUAAAUCCCUCCUUGCCCUGGGAACAACGAGGCGACAUCGAGGACUUACUGCUGGACUACAGGGAUGUAUUCUCCACCACACCUGGCUGUACCUCGACUAUCAUGCACGAUAUUGUCCUCACCACCACCAACAGGAUUCAAGCUAGGUUGUACCCUGUCCCUAUUCACCUUAGACCUCACUUUGAUGAAGAAGUAGAUAGCCUUUUGGAACAAGGGAUAAUUCAAUUGUCUUCCUCUCCCCACUGUAGUCCUGUUGUAAUGGUUCGGAAGUCUGACGGUUCCUACAGGAUGGCUAUUGAUUACCGGAAAUUGAACUCCGUUACGGUCUUCCACGCUGAGCCGUCUUGUAAUAUGGAAGAAGACCUUCACAUGUUCGCUGGUGCUAAAUACUUCUCGGAAAUUGACCUCUGCAAGGCUUAUUACCAAAUUCCAUUGACAGACAGAGCCAAACCCCUAACUGCCUUUCCAACUCAUCGUGGUCUCAUGGAAUUCUGCCGCUUACCCUUCGGACUUGUCACAGCAUGUGCUACCUACGUCCGUCUGAUGCGUCUUGUCCUCGCCGGGUUACCCAACAUUUCUUUCUACUUUGAUAAUAUAUUUGUCCACUCUUCAGAUUGGCCUCAGCAUAUCAGCGCCCUCAGAGCUACGCUUGAGAGACUACGCUCCCACAACCUGACUGCCAAGCCUUCCAAGUGCCGCUUCGGUGUUCACUCCAUCCACUAUCUCGGAUUCGUACUAGACGGAGAACAGCUGAGACCUCAGAACAGCAAGAUGGAAGCGCUGUGCAGGAUAACUCCCCCUCUGUCCAAGAAAGCUCUCCGCAGUUUUCUAGGUAUGAUUGCCUUUUAUAGGAUGUUUAUUCCCCAGGCUUCAGACUACACCGGACCACUCUCUGACCUCUUGAAGAAAGGAGUCCGCGAACCUCUCGCCUGGGAUGAGACUGCGUUGAGCUGCUUCAAUCACCUGAAGCAAGUGUUGUCCAGCACACCAGUACUACAAGUUCCAGAUUGUGGUUCCCCUUUCAUCCUUCGGAGUGACGCUUCAAGUCACGGACUAGGAUCUGUUCUGCUGCAAUACCAUCAGGGGGUGCCUCAUCCUGUCGCCUAUGCCAGCAGGAAGCUCCUGGACCGGGAAAAGAGGUAUUCCACCAUAGAACGUGAGUGUCUUGCUGUUGUGUUUGGUGUGCUCCGCUUUGACUAUUAUCUCAGAGGUCGUGAAUUCAUAUUAGAAGUGGACCACAAGCCCUUGUUGUACUUGGAAACCUUUAAAGGCAAGAAUGAUAGGGUGUUGAGAUGGGCCUUAAGUCUACAAGCCUACCGGUUCAGAGUCGUCCAUAUUGCUGGGAAGGACAACACAGAAGCUGAGCCUCGUCCUGCUCACUUCCUCCUACGCUGGCUGGCUCUGCUCUCACCGUGGUUACCUCAGAGCCGUGGGCUGGUCCUGAGUGCUGCUACCCUCUCCUUACCACGCUCCGACUCCCGUCACUGCUGUGCACCUGACGCCCCUUCUCCUCCUGCGCCUCCUUCGCCUACCACUUCAACGCCACCUACAAGGGCGGAGCUGUGCUGCCCCGCCCUCGCCACACGAGACGAAGGGACGGAGCACCCAACAGUUUUGGAGAUUGUGCAGCCUCCUUAUAAUAAGGAACACCAGCUACGCUUUGGAAGGACUCAAUCCAACAUCAAGCUGCCACACAAUGGCUCAUUUUCACAAUGGUUGAAUGCUGUUGAGAUCCUGCCAGGAGCUUCACAACUCUUCGGGAAUAGUCUUGAUAACGGAGGAGUCGUUGAACAGUUUUCAUGUGGUCAGCCGAAACGCGUGGAUACCGGCGUGGAAGCAAUGGAAGUGAGGCUGCCGCAGAAGGUCUGUCCGUGUCGGGAGGAGGCGGUGAGCGUUGAUGGUCACCUACAGCCUGCGCGAAAAGAUAAGACGCGGAAGAGGUCGCGCCUUAAAUUUCAGCAGAAUCGGUACUAUGGCUACAACUAG